AUGUCAGGCUCUGGGCGAAAAGACUUCGAUGUGAAGCACAUCCUGCGACUCCGCUGGAAACUCUUCAGCCACCCGUCGCCAGCCCCUGGCGGCCCGGCUGGGGGCGGCUGCCUGCAACAGGACGGCAGCGGCAGCUUCGAGCACUGGGGACCCAGCCAGAGACGCCUGCUCAAAAGCCAAGAGAAGGGCAGCGUGAGCACUUUCUGGAAGAAGACUUCCUCUUCCUCCUCUUCUUCGUCGUCCUCACCGCCCUCUUCCUCCUCUUCCUUUAACCCACUGAAUGGCACCCUGCUGCCAGUGGCCACAAGGCUGCAGCAAGGGGCACCGGGGCAGGGCACCCAACAGCCAGCCAGGACUCUCUUCUACGUGGAGUCUCUAGAGGAAGAGGAGGUGCCAGGCAUGGACUUUCCUGGACCACACGAUAAAGGGCUGGUCCUGCAAGAGCUCAAAGUGGAGCCGGCCAACUCAAGCCAGGCAACAGGUGAAGGAUGUGGACACAGGCUGACAGCAACUAGCCAUUCAUUGACACCUCAAAGUGAUAUGGACUCCAGUAGCUCUGAAGAAUUCUAUCAGGCUGUCCACCAUGCUGAGCAAACCUUCAGAAAAAUGGAAAGUUACUUGAAACAACAGCAACUCUGUGAUGUUAUUCUGAUUGUCGGGAACCGAAAGAUACCUGCACACAGGCUUGUUCUGAGCUCAGUCUCCGACUAUUUUGCUGCCAUGUUUACAAGUGAUGUUUGUGAAGCCAAGCAAGAGGAGAUCAAGAUGGAAGGCAUAGACCCCAAUGCCCUCUGGGAACUUGUCCAAUUUGCAUAUACAGGUUGCUUGGAAUUAAAGGAAGACACCAUUGAAAACCUUCUUGCUGCAGCGUGCCUUCUUCAGCUUCCCCAAGUAGUGGAAGUGUGCUGCCACUUCCUCAUGAAGCUGUUGCACCCAUCCAACUGUCUGGGGAUCCGAGCCUUCGCAGACGCUCAAGGGUGUAUUGAGUUAAUGAAGGUAGCCCACAGCUAUACAAUGGAAAACAUAAUGGAAGUUAUGAGAAAUCAAGAGUUUUUACUGCUUCCAGCUGAGGAGCUCCAUAAACUCCUGGCCAGCGAUGAUGUAAAUGUUCCUGAUGAAGAAACCAUCUUCCAUGCAUUAAUGAUGUGGGUCAAGUACGACAUGCAGAGGCGAUGCAAUGACUUGAGUAUGCUUCUUGCCUUUAUAAGAUUGCCACUGCUUCCACCACAGAUAUUGGCUGACCUAGAAAACCAUGCAUUAUUUAAGAAUGAUUUGGAAUGUCAAAAGCUGAUUCUGGAAGCAAUGAAAUAUCAUCUAUUGCCAGAAAGAAGAACUUUAAUGCAAAGUCCAAGAACUAAACCUAGAAAAUCUACAGUUGGAACUCUGUAUGCAGUAGGAGGAAUGGAUAACAACAAAGGAGCUACAACCAUAGAGAAAUAUGACCUCAGAACAAAUUUGUGGAUCCAGGCAGGGAUGAUGAACGGCAGGAGACUGCAGUUUGGUGUGGCUGUUAUUGAUGACAAACUCUUUGUAAUUGGAGGUCGAGAUGGCUUAAAGACAUUGAACACUGUUGAAUGUUACAAUCCCAAAACCAAGACUUGGACUGUUUUACCACCAAUGUCAACACAUAGACAUGGUCUAGGUGUAACAGUCCUUGAAGGUCCUAUUUAUGCUGUGGGAGGCCAUGAUGGCUGGAGCUAUCUGAAUACAGUGGAGAGGUGGGAUCCCCAGAGUCAGCAAUGGACAUUUGUAGCCAGUAUGUCCAUUGCCCGAAGCACAGUUGGUGUAGCAGCACUGAAUGGCAAAUUAUAUUCAGUCGGAGGUCGUGAUGGAAGUUCCUGUUUGAGUUCAAUGGAAUAUUAUGAUCCUCAUACAAAUAAGUGGAACGUGUGUGCUCCAAUGUGUAAGCGGAGAGGGGGUGUUGGAGUGGCCACGUGUGAUGGUUUUCUCUAUGCAGUAGGAGGUCAUGAUGCUCCUGCUUCAAAUCACUGUUCCCGGUUACUAGAUUAUGUGGAAAGAUACGAUCCCAAAACAGACACAUGGACCAUGGUGGCUCCUUUGAGUAUGCCCAGAGAUGCUGUUGGAGUCUGUCUCCUUGGUGACAGAUUAUAUGCCGUUGGUGGCUAUGAUGGGCAGACAUACCUCAACACUAUGGAAUCCUAUGAUCCACAAACAAAUGAGUGGACACAGAUGGCUUCUUUGAAUAUUGGGAGAGCAGGUGCCUGUGUGGUAGUCAUCAAGCAACCUUGA